GCAUGAACGAACUGAAAAAGUGAAAAGCUCAAAUAAUAAAAUGACAAAAACAAAAGCAAAGCAUUAGCAUAGUUUAUGUUUUGGCCAUGGUUCCCCAAAUUGAAGUGAAAAGCAGAAGGAUCAGCAAUUCAACGACCUGGUGGAUCAGCCACCAACAGGGUUCGAUCUGCAUCUUCCUCUGCUAAGCCACGCACCUCAUCGUAACCCAAAGAGAAAAUUAAAAGAAGUUAUAUUUAUAGUUAGAGAAAAAAAACGAGAGAGAGGGGAAGAUCUGAAAGCUUUGUUCUACACACUUAUAACACUGAAAAAUGCAAGUUGUAGCAAUGGUGACGUUGGGUUGGUCUUCUCAAAGGCUUAAACUUUGUGAAUAUGGCCCAUUUCUUCUUCAGUAACUCGAUAUGAAUGGUCGCAUCUAAAAAGGCCUUGUAGACUUUGAGCUUAUGUUGAUGCAUUAGGCUUUUGGGGAAGUCCAAGUUGUGGUCAUUGAUGGUAGAUCCCCAGACCAGGAAUCAGUAGGGUCUGGGACAAAGAGGUCCAGUGUAUCAUCUGGGGGUAGGCCUCGGAAUCAGCAGUUCUUCUAUAAGUUUGUUGACAGUGGCAGCUUGACUGCAAAACUUGUAGAUUGGUUUGGAUCUGUAACAGAAGACUCUGCAUUGAAACAGCAGGCAUUUGAUGUUCCAUUUGAGUUGAUUGAACUUCAAAAAUUUGAUUAUGCAUUGGAAGGGAUUUCAUUUCAGCAGCUGACACGCAUGCCCAAUGCUGUUCACGCUUCUACAUCUGAUGCUUUAGAAGCAACCGCUUAUCUCGCGAUUGAAGAUUUUUUACAUGCAAGUAUAAAAGGCUUGUGGGAGGCAUUUUGGAGUCAAGAUGAGCCCAUGCCUUUUUCUGUGGCUUGUCUGUAUAAUUCCAACAUGAAGUUUUAUCAGGCUGAACAGGCUAUUGCAAAUGGAAGGCUUGGAGGUCUUUGUGGUACUGGUAUAUUGCUUAAUAAUUCUCGACAUCCUCAUGGAAAAUGGGAUCAUGUCCUUGAAUUGGCACUUCUAAGGCCUGAUAUUGGAGGCCAUGCUGUUGGCAGUGAUCGUCAGCCUUCUCCAUCAGUUCUUGGAGAAGCUCUAUUUUAUGCUCUUCGAAUGCUGUUGGCAAGAAGUUUAAGUAGACUGAGCUUCUUUCCAGAUCCAUGCACAGUGUUUGUUCUUCUAGUUGAUUCUCAAUAUGGGGGAGUUGUAAAGGUUGAAGGAGAUGUAAAUAAGCUCAAUUUUGACCUGAAUAAUGUUUAUGAAUGUGCUGCUGAAUGGGUAAAAAAUCAUUCUAGAAUUUCUGUUUCCCCAAUUGAUAGGAUCUGGAACAAACUUGGAAAUGCAAAUUGGGGAGAUAUUGGCGCUCUACAGGUACUAUUUGCAACCUUCCACUGUAUAAUGCAAUUUGCCGGAAUGCCCAAGCACUCUGUUGAGGAUUUAGCUGCUGAUCAUAGUUCACGUCUCCAAACAAGAAGAGUUGAGAGGCAGUUCGGAGAUACCAGCGUAAAUGGAAAUGGUGUAUUUCGAUACCAACAACGUAGUGUUUCCCCUGAAAUUGUUGAAGUUGAGGAUGAUUCAGUUAAAGUUGAUUCCAAGGAGUCUAUGAUAUCAGAAGGAACCAUAUUAUGGGUGGAGGAUUCAGAUUGGCAAAAGGGUUUUCAGAUAAAAGAGGUAAUCAACACUGGUGAAUUGACAUACUUCAUUGCAUCCCAUGUUGAAGAAUCAGGAAAAAAUCUGUUCCUAUAUGUGGGCUCUCAUCCGUCCCAGCUGGAACCAGCAUGGGAAGAUAUGAAUCUAUGGUAUCAAGUUCAGAGGCAGACCAAAGUAUUGACAAUAAUGAAGCAGAAAGGUCUUUCAAGCAAAUAUCUGCCUCAAUUGAGUGCCUCUGGUAGGAUCAUACACCCAGGUCAUUGUCGCCGACCCAGUUCUGGUGGAAAUUGUGACCACCCGUGGUGUGGGACCCCUAUUCUCGUAACCAGUCCAGUUGGUGAAACAGUAGCUGAAAUGGUACGCAGUGGCCAAUUUGGUUCAGAGGAAGCUAUCAGAUGUUGCCACGAUUGCUUAUCAGCGCUUUCAGCUGUUGCUUCUGCUGGAAUUCGGCAUGGAGAUAUCAGGCCGGAGAAUGUGAUAUGUAUAAAGUCUGGCGUGAGGCACCCUUAUUUUGUUCUGAUUGGAUGGGGUCAUGCCAUUCUUGAAGAUAGAGAUCGUCCUGCUAUGAAUCUUCAUUUCUCAUCUACUUAUGCACUUCAAGAAGGAAAGCUAUGCUCUGCUUCAGAUGCUGAAAGCCUAGUUUAUAUGCUUUAUUAUUCAUGUGGUGGAGUUUUCCCAGAUCUAGAUUCCGUAGAGGGAGCUCUACUGUGGAGAGAGACAUCUUGGUCAAGGAGAUUAAUUCAGCAGAAGCUAGGUGAUAUUUCCACAGUGCUGAAAGCUUUUGCUGAUUAUGUUGAUAGUCUAUGUGGGACACCUUAUCCCAUGGAUUAUGAAAUAUGGCUGAGAAGGUUGAGGCGAAAUAUUCAUGAAGAUGAUCAUGGAAAGGAAAUUGAUGCUACAGGCUAGGCUUUCAAACUGGGUCCAAUGUCCGAAAUGGAAAGUCUUCGUCUUAACGUGUUUCUCAUUGCAAUGCUUGGACUUUUGGGUGGUAAAUAAAACAUGGAAGUCAUUGGUUUGAUCUCUGGUGCUCAUGCAUUUAUAUACCAAGAACGAUUGAUUUGGAGAAUGGUUAGUGCAUUCCAUGAAAUGAGCAUGUCAUGAUUGCUCAUGUUGGUCUGCUGUAUCUUCUAUAAAUCUUGAGACUUGAUUGGUGGCAUCUUUGGGUAUAUGAAGAAUAAUCAUUCCUUCAUUUUGAGGUGCCAAAACAUGACUUUAACAGCUUUCUUUCCAUUUCAUUUUUCUGGUAAUGAGUUUCUAAUCGAAGUAAUCAAUCUGUAUUGAUAACAUCAUUCGUUUGUAAAGAUAAAAAGGUCUUUUUAGAAUGCUUGAUGUUUGUGCUGUUACUUGGCUCCUCUGGCCAUUCUGAACGGUACAAACUGCACAUGACAUGUAAACCUAUUCUGUAAAUGUGUUGUUUUUCUUGUGUUCA